AUGGCGGCGGCGCCGCCGUGCUGCGCGGUGCGGGUUGCGGACGGCGGCGGCCGCGGCGGCUGCAGCGGGCUGGUGCUGAGCCGCCGCCCCGCGCUGGUGCUGUGCCACGCCGCCGUCUUCGCGCCGUUCUUGCGCGCCGGCCCCGCCGCCUGGGCACGGCCCGCCGCGCUGCCGCCCGCCGCGCUGCGGCCGUGCCCGCGCCUCAGCGUGGUGCUGGGCGCCGAGGCCGGCGGGCUGCGGGAGCUCGAUGCGCGGCUGCUGGCGCUGGUGCCGUGCUCGGCGUUCCGGCGGGCGCUGGAGCGCGGCCUCGGGAGGGCGGAGCGGUGGCGGUUCGGGGCCGAGGAGGAGGCGGGCACCGAGCCGCGGGCGCUGCCCUGGUUCGCCUGGCUGCGGGUGCCCGGGCUGGACGCGGUCGAGGGCGGCUGGGCGGCGCGGGCCAGCGCCGGCUGCCUGCGGAAGGGGCAGGCGCUGCUGGCCUGCGGGUCCCCCUUCGGAGACCUGUGCCCCGAGCUCUUCCUCAACACGCUGAGCCGAGGCGUGGUCAGCAACCUGGCGGGCGAGGAGAACGCCCUGGUGCUCACCGAUGCCCGCUGCUUGCCCGGCACCGAGGGCGGCGCCGCCUUCGUGCCCUCGCCCGACGGGCCGCGCGUGGUGGCCGUGAUCGCCGCCUCCUUCUGCUGGAAGGGCGCCGAGUGGGUCGGACUCACGCUGCUGUGCUCGCUCGCCGCCAUCCUGCGCAGUAGCGCCGGCGUCCUGGACGAAGCCGGGGUCGUGGUGCCGCCGGUGCCGGCGUGGGUGGCCGCGGUGCCAGCGAGCAGCGGGCCGGACCCCCUGGGCUGGACGGCGCUGGUGGAGUGCGGGGCGACCUGGGGCUCCGGGGUGCUGCUGGCACCAAGGAUGCUCCUCACCUGCCGGCACGUCGUGGAGGCCAGAGCCCCGCUCCAUGUGACACCGGCGGCCGGCCCCGGCCAGGAUGCCGCCGAGCUCAGGGGACGUGUGGUGUUUGCCACCGAGGAGUCGUCCCCCUUCGACGUGGCCGUGGUGGAGCUGGAGGAGAGCGUGCCAGGCUUCGUCCCGCCGUGCCUGACCGACACCUUCCUCCCAGGAGAAGAGGUGAACGUGGUGGGCUUCGGGGCGUUGGGGCGGGCGUGCGGCCCCUCGGUGACCGCCGGGGUCCUCUCGGCCGUGGUGGCGGUGGCCGGGCGCCCUGUCAUGCUGCAAACCACCUGUGCCGUCCACGGGGGCUCCAGCGGCGGCCCCCUCGUCUCCUCCCGCAGCGGAUGCCUCAUGGGCAUCGUGGCCAGCAACACCCGCGACACCGGGGCCGGGGCCACCUACCCCCACCUCAACUUCUGCAUCCCUAUCACCGUCCUGCAGCCCCUCGUCGCGCGCUACCGCCGCACCGGCGACCCCGACGCCUUCGCCGGGCUCAACCGGGUGGGUGAGGGGGUGCGGGCCACUUGGCAGCUCCAGCAGCGGCCAGGACCCCUCAGCAAGCUCUGA